GUCACAACUACCUGUACCCAGGGCUCUGUACCCAGGGCUGGAGUGAGGAGCUGCUGUAGGUAGAUGUACCAGGCCAACUUCUGAAGAAAACGAUACUCUAUCAAUAUGCUCAGCCCGAAUGCAGAAGCGUUUCAGAUAGAAAAUUUACUGGGACUCAAAACUACAGAGAGAACAGGAGAGGAAACAUGCACAGCCUCCGAGAAUACAGUAAGGAAUAUAUGUCUCUCGUCCGCCGCUAGUGGAGGUAUACAGUGUAUACACCCGGCCAGACAGACAGUUCAUGAAACGUCCAACCGAGGACAGAUUAGUGUUGAACUAUGUCACAGUGAUCUGUGGCAUGCCUUCCAUAACCUUGGCACGGAGAUGAUAAUCACGAAAACAGGAAGGCGAAUGUUUCCUGCCAUCAGGGUUAGAAUCCAAGGGCUGGAAUCCAAAAAACGAUACAAAGUGUAUUUAGACUUCCAGCAACAGGAUAAACACAAGUACAGAUACGUAUAUCACAGUUCAAAGUGGAUGGUAUCUGGAUCAGGAGAAACGAUGGUCCCUAACCAAGUCCAUCAUCAUCCCGACUCUCCAUUGGACUCUUCUCAUCUGACGUCACAGGUCGUGUCAUUCGAACGCAUAAAGCUGACCAACAGCGAUAAGAUGAGAGCGGGCCAGAUAUCCUUAGUGUCGAUGCAAAAGUUUAUCCCACGAAUACACGUAGAGAGUGUGACAUUGGACCAGACACCAGGAGAACCUGAGAAAGAACACUUUGUCGCCAUUUUCCCCCAAACAUCGUUCAUAGCAGUGACAGCUUACCAAAACCAAGAGAUAACAAGAUUGAAGAUUGCCAGAAACCCUUUCGCAAAAGGAUUUCGAGAAGCCGGUAAAAAUAGAAGUUCCUUAGAGGCUAUGAUGGAAUCCUAUGGACUGCAUGUGGAUGGUUCCGGCUCGUUUGAUAUGAAUUCCUUGUUGGGAAGGAGAGUGCUGAAACGAAGUGCUCAUCAAAGAGGCGACACAAAUACUUCCGAAUGUGAAGGAGAGUACAUGAAGUCCAUCCUCUACCCCUACACAUACAUACAACGCCCUAUCCCUGUUCUCACCAUGGAUCCAUCUUUGAACUUGCCAGGUUACAUCAAGGUCGAGGCUCCUGACAUAUACUCAUCAGACGCCUAUAGCAACAGCUGUCAACAAACAGACGAGCCGUAUGCGUUCCACCCAGAUACAUUCAAACAGCAGAGACUUGAGCAAUGGAAGACAUGUGUGUCGUCAUGACGUCUGCACACGUGAUCAUCAUUCUCAUAACACAUCUACCUGGCCAUCCAUAUAAGCUGUGCUCAUUUGUGGAAAAAGAGCAGAGCGUCUUCGGUAUUUAAAUACAAGUUGUGCGGGCCUACCACAAGUGUUCUUUAAAUCAUAUUCUUCGACCAUACAAUACGGUACCUGUAACAUAAUUAUCAAAUAUGGUAUGUUUGAAUUUAAUUAUACAUACAUACGAAUCACAUUUAUAACAGGUACAUCAGUGAAGAUAUAAUUAACUGUUUCAUACUGCGUGGGUAUCCAUGUACCACUACCUUAGUGUUACCGUAAUUAGAUUCGAACUUGAAGCCUUUAUUACUAACCUGGUUUUACAAGCAUAUGUUACUACUCUGGUAAUAAACAACAAUGUUACUACCCUAGUGCUGAACGAACGCCUAUGUUACUACCCUGGUGCUGAACGCCUAUGUUACUACUCUGGUGCUGAACGCCAAUGUAACUACCCACGCGCUGAACGCCUAUGUUACUACCCACGUGCUGAACGCCAAUGUAACUACCCACGCGCUGAACGCCUAUGUUACUCCCCUGGU